AUCAACGAUGGAAUAUUUGGAAAUAAUUCAAACACAUUUUAGUGUUUAUUUAUUUCUUCACAUGAAAUAGAUAUUCACUCACAUGAUGUGAAGGUUCUGAAAAUGGCAAUGCUGUUGGUUUCUAGAAUUUAAAAAAAGAGAUGUCUACGGAUGAUUGUGUUCCAUUACGACAAUCUCAGAAUUAUCUGUGGGACGUCACCAAAAUUCUGGGCCAGGGAGCCACCAGUAAAGUGUACAAAGGCAGAGAAAAGAGAAAUGGUGAGGAGGUAGCGGUUAAGGUGUUCUCCUCGGCAGCCAUGCAGAGAAGUCCUGAGGUCCAGGUCAGGGAAUUCCAGGUGAUGAUGCAACUCAAACACGAAAAUGUCGUCCAGCUCCUGGGAAUUGAGGAGGAGGAUGUCAAUAACCAUAAAGUGAUUGUGAUGGAGUUAUCUCAGUAUGGGAGUCUGUACACACUACUGGAUGAGCCCAAAAACUCACUGGGACUCAAAGAAGACGAGUUCAUCAUUGUCCUCAAAGAUCUUACUGCGGGAAUCCAGUAUUUGAGGGAAAAAGACAUUGUACACAGAGAUAUCAAGCCAGGAAACAUAUUGUUGUUCAAAGACGAUGAAGGGAGGUCUGUUUACAAACUGACAGAUUUUGGUGCAGCUAAACAACUUGAGAGUGAGGAUGAACAAUUUAUGUCCCUCUAUGGCACAGAAGAAUAUCUGCAUCCUAACAUUUAUGGUCGAGCAGUGAUAAAGGAUGGAAACACUGGUCCAUUUGAUGCAACAGUUGACCUUUGGAGCCUUGGGGUCACGAUUUAUCAUUCUGCCACGGGACACCUGCCCUUUAAAGCAUUCGGGGGAAGAAGAAACAGACACAAAAUGUAUGAAAUCACUAAGACAAAAGAGAGUGGGGUGAUAUCGGGGGUACAGAAGUACGAGGACGGGCCGGUCGAGUGGAACAGAGAUCUACCUCUCACCUGUCUAUUGUCUACAGGUCUGAAAAAGUUCUUGGUUCCACUACUGGCUUCCCUGCUUGAGAGCAACGAAAGAAAAAGGACAACUUUUGACAGGUUCUUUGAGAAAGUGGCAGAUCUUCUCAGCAAGAAAGUUCUCAACACAUUUUGUCCAGUAACUUGGUCCAACAUGAGAAUCUAUGUUAACAAAGACACCAAACUCUCAGGCCUACAGGAAGUGAUCGCUGAGCAGUGUGAGGUGGCAGCUGUCAAUCAAAUCCUGGUCGUCGACGGAGAGUUACUGGAGCAUACUGUUGACCCUCUUGACCCCGUGUCAGAUUAUCCAAAGUCCAUCACAGAAGACAACCCUAUAUUUGUGUUCCUGAAGUCCUAUCCUGAUCACAGAUAUUUCCCAAACUGUGUAUAUCCUGAGUUUCCAAGAUUCAGCAGUUCAGUACACAUCAGCAAUGACUACCAGCUAUCAAAGCUAUGUUGUACAGUCAUGUCCUUUCAUCUUCGACUCGUAAGACAGUAUCACAGAAAAUUACAGUUAUUACAGAAGAGUGUUCGAGGAUACAUACAUGAGCUUCACCAUGAGAUUGAGCACCUAGUAGACUACCUCAGACAUCAGAAACAACACAACCAGACGUGUCAACUGUGGACACGGAACUAUAACCAUUCUGUGGCCCAGAACAUGGCGCUAGUCAGGGGGACCAAUCAGGGGCAGGGGGCCAAAGACAGGGAAAUACUGCUGGAGGGAAAUCAGAAAUAUAUCAGGGACCUGCAGAAACAGGUGGACAACAUAAUGAAGGGAGCAGAGGAGCAGCUAAAUCAGCUCCAGAGAGAUGAACUUCAGAACAAGAGACUAGAGAGAUACUGGAGGGAUGAAAACCUGGCCUGUCACUCUGAUACUUAUAGAUGUGGAGAGAAGAUAGAGGUAAUGUUGGAAUCAAUGCGGGGUAUCAUGAUGGCAUUUAAAGAGGACAGACACAGAGUGGUGCUUGGGAAACUGGAGGAGAACAUCCAUAUGGUAGAAAAAAAUCGACUGCAGACAUUAUGUUCUAAGUCCCUGUCCAUAUUAGAAAGCUGUAACCGAUGUACAGAAAAACAGUAUAAUGCUUACUACAUGUGGUACAAUCAGGCAGUUGAUACAAGAAACAGAUGUGAUAAAGUGAAUCUAAAACUGGGUCACCUGGAGAAGAGACAGACGGAAUACGUCAGUAAACUAGACGAGUUUUCUAAGGUGAUGAUAGGGAGUAUGCAUGAUAUUGUAUGUGAACCAAAUUUCAUUCCUAAUAACAACAAAGAUCAGCAGAGACGUGUGAUUUCUACAAACCUUCUUAAUCAGCUCAAUAACAGAUUAGAGUCAGUAGAAUUGGAAGUAAUGGCUCUUACACAGAGUGUAGACGAGAAUUCCAAAAUAAUAAAUAGCACUGAACAGCAUAUAAAUGAAGGUGACUUCUGAAAAAAAACUUGCAGUUAAAAGUUACAGAAAAAGUUCAGGAAUGUGAAAACCAAAGCUCAGCAAAGUGUCAGUGAAGCUCAACAGUUACAUGUUACAGACUGUAAAUGAAGCUCAACAGUGUGUGAACAGACUGAUUUGCUUGUGGGCAAACACUUUGAACCAAGGUAGUACAACAACGUUUUGCCUCAAUACAGCUCGUUGUUAAAACAUAAGAACUCAAAAGACAAUAUUAUUGUGAUACUUCUCUUCCACAGAUGUCAAAACCAAAUUC